GGGAUCCCCCGCUCCCGGCUCCGCUGCCCUGCGCUCCCCCCGUUUCUCUCCCUGAUCCCGCCUUUCCAGGGAGCUUUGCUUAAUCCGGGCUCAGCCGGGCCGGGCCAGCGAUGUGAGACCGGCCCCGACCCAAUCCCGGCCCAAUCCCGGCCCAAUCCCGGCCCAAUCCCGGCCCCGGAUCUGCUCCGGAGCUCCCCAGGGAAGCGCCACCGGCUGGGCCGCGAGGGAGGAUCCAAAUAUCCCUGGAAAACCGCACGCGGAGGCUGCUUAUGGAUUCCAGCGCUUUGCCCCAGCACAGCCCCAGGCCUUGAAAGGAGGGAAUAAACCCAGGCACUUGGAAAAUUAUCCAGCGGUUCAGUGCUGAGGGAAUUCUGUGGGAGCAUGGCUGGAGCAGGACUCGGAGUCUGGAAUGCAGGCGCUGACGCGGGAUGCCGCUCCCUGCCUCCCUGCUGGAUCCGUGCCGUGGGGCUGUGAUCCCGCCGCGCUCCCCGGAGCCAUGAGGAGGUUUGGCUACUGCCGGGUGGUGCUGGCCACGUCCCUGCUCUGGGUGCUGCUGGACGUCUUCCUGCUGCUCUACUUCAGCGAGUGCAACAAGUGCGACCGGCCCAAGGAGCGCUCCCUGCUCCCGGCGCUGCGCGCCGUUAUUUCCCGGGGCCAGGAGGGCCCGGGGGAGAUGGGCAGGGCCGUGCUCAUUCCCAAGGAGGAGCAGGAGAAGAUGAAGGAGCUGUUCAAGAUCAACCAGUUCAACCUCCUGGCCAGCGACCGCAUCGCCCUGAACCGCAGCCUGCCCGACGUGCGGCUGGACGGGUGCAAGAGCAAGGUGUACCCGGAGGAGCUGCCCAACACCAGCGUGGUGAUCGUGUUCCACAACGAGGCCUGGAGCACGCUGCUCCGCACCAUCCACAGCGUCCUGGAGCGCUCCCCGCCGCGCCUGCUGGCCGAGAUCGUCCUGGUGGACGAUGCCAGCGAGAGAGAGUUCUUGAAGGCGUCCUUGGAGAAUUACGUGAAAAAGCUGGAAGUGCCUGUCAAAAUCCUGCGGAUGGAGCAGCGGUCGGGGCUGAUCCGGGCGCGGCUCCGGGGGGCAGCGGCUUCCCGGGGCCAGGUGAUCACAUUCCUGGAUGCCCACUGCGAGUGCACCCUGGGCUGGCUGGAGCCGCUGCUGGCCAGGAUCAAGGAGGACAGGAAAACCGUGGUGUGUCCCAUCAUCGACGUGAUCAGCGACGACACCUUCGAGUACAUGGCGGGCUCGGACAUGACCUACGGGGGCUUCAACUGGAAGCUGAAUUUCCGCUGGUAUCCCGUGCCCCAGAGGGAGAUGGAUCGCAGGAAAGGGGACCGCACCCUGCCCGUCAGGACCCCAACUAUGGCUGGUGGCCUGUUUUCUAUUGACAGGAACUACUUUGAAGAGAUAGGAACUUACGAUUCGGGAAUGGAUAUCUGGGGUGGAGAGAAUCUUGAAAUGUCCUUUAGGGUGUGGCAGUGCGGUGGCUCCCUGGAAAUCGUCACCUGCUCCCACGUGGGCCACGUGUUCCGCAAGGCCACCCCCUACUCCUUCCCGGGGGGCACCGGCCACGUCAUCAACAAGAACAACCGGCGCCUGGCUGAGGUGUGGAUGGACGAGUUCAAGGAUUUCUUCUACAUCAUCUCCCCCGGGGUGGUGAAGGUGGAUUACGGAGACGUUUCCGUCAGGAAAGCUCUGCGGGAGAGCCUGGGGUGCAAACCCUUCUCCUGGUACCUGGAGAACGUCUACCCCGACUCACAGAUCCCACGGCGCUACUACUCCCUGGGAGAGAUCAGGAAUGUUGAAACCAACCAGUGCUUGGACAACAUGGGCCGCAAGGAGAACGAAAAAGUGGGAUUUUUCAACUGCCACGGCAUGGGAGGGAACCAGGUGUUUUCCUACACGGCGGACAAGGAGAUCCGCACGGAUGACCUGUGCCUGGACGUGUCGCGCCUCAACGGCCCCGUGCUGAUGCUCAAGUGCCACCACCUGAGGGGCAACCAGCUCUGGGAGUACGACGCCGAGAAGCUCACCCUGAGGCACCUGAACAGCAACCAGUGCCUGGCGGAGCCGUCGGAGGAGGAUCGGCUGGUUCCCACCAUGCGGGAAUGCGGGAGCGGCCGCUCCCAGCAGUGGCUGCUGCGCAACAUGACCCUGGGAGCCUGAUUCCCGCCUCACAUCCCGCUCUUCCCGCUGUUCCCGCUGCUCCCAGCAGCGCCCAGCCCCGUCCCAGCGGAGCCACCGGCGAGUUCCAGGUCCCUCCAAGUGAUCUGAGCUGCGGAUACCAGCGGCAGUGUGCUCCUGAGAUUCCAGAGGCAUGGCUGACCCUGGAGACGUUGGGAUGUGGAGGUGUUGCUGUCACCACGGACAGGUGGCCCUGGGAGGUGUGGCCCGAGCUGCUGGGAUGUGCUGGGCUCUCCUGGAGAAUGUCCUGGAGAAUGUCCUGGAGAAUGUCCUGGAGAAUGUCCUGGAGAACGUCCUGGAGGAUCUGGGGUGUUCUCUCGUGCCCAGUGGGAUUUGACAGCACCAAAGCUUCCUGGGUUGUGCUGGGAAAAAAAAUGGGAUCUGGUGUUGGGAAAAUCAGGCUAAGACUGCGCUUCACCAGGAAUUCCAAGAGGUGAGGCCACGGGAGACACGGCAAUGCCGAGGGGAAGCAGCGACAUCCGUGGGACCUCGGAGCGGCACGGAGGGAACUGUCCCUCCUUCCAUGGGAAUGGAGCUGUCCCUCCUUCCAUGGGAAUGGAGCUGUCCCUCCUUCCAUGGGAAUGGAGCUGUCCCUCCUUCCAUGGGAAUGGGGCUGUCCCUCCUUCCAUGGGAAUGGAGCUGGGGCCAGACCUGGGGCUCAGGGGACUCCUGGAAGGGCCAGAGCUGAGACUUCUGGAGCUUGGAGGGUCUCCAUCCCUCCAUCCCAACACAUCCAUGAAUCCCUGCAUCCCACCAGCCACAGGCACGGCUCCGUCCCUGGAUCUCUCCCAGUUCCACCUCUGGGUGUUCCCAUUCCCACUGGAAUCACAGAGGCUCCUUUCUGGUUUUAGGGAUCUGGGGGCUCCAUCCUUUUGUGGGUGUGGCUGUUCCCAAAGCACUGCUGGUCCUCAGGAGCUGCUCCAGCUGGGAUGUGGGGACAGGAACAUUCCCGGGAUGUGCUGGGGACGUUCCUUUGGGAGCCACCCCAAAUGCAGCUGUGGCCCUCUGGGCUGGGAUUUUGGGAAUUCUCACUGCCCAGAGGGUUCAGGAGACUGAAAUCCCAGGGCAGCGGGAUCCCAGCACCGGUAAGUGGGGAAAUAUUUCCCAGGAUUUCCCUCACAGUUCCCAAAAAUCUCUGUAAAUGCACUGGGUCAUUAAAAAUGCCGGUAUUUUCUGUA